AUGUCGAUAUUAAGCCAGUCUUUCCCUCCAAAGGCAAAGUGGAGCGCAAAGGACAUACCAGAUCUAUCAGAAAAAGUGAUGAUAGUCACCGGUGGAAAUAGUGGGAUCGGGAGGGAGACGGUCAAGGCACUGCUAAGCCACAACGCCAAGGUCUACAUGGCGUCGAGGAGUAAAGUGAGGGCUAUGCAGGCCAUUUCGGAGCUCAAGGUAGAGACGGGCAAGGAGGCCGUCUUCUUGGAGCUCGACUUGGCCGAUUUGCGCGCGAUCAAGACAGCCGCGGCCGAGUUCCUGAGCAAAGAAUCGCGUUUGCACGUAUUGUUCAACAGCGGUGGUGUUAUGAUUCCCCCACUUGAAGAUCUCACCGCUGAUGGGUACGACCUGCAAUUUGGUGUGAACGUCCUGGGUCAUUUUUACUUCACACAGCUACUCCUCCCAGCGCUCCUCGCAGUCCCUCAGUCAUGCGAAGAGAAAGCACGCGUGGUCACUACCUCGUCUCUAGGCCACAUCUUUACUCCUCUGAACUUUGAGGCGUUCUGUGAUGGCCCUACACGAGUCAAGAUGGGCAGACAAGAACUGUAUCAGAUGAGCAAAUACGGGGAUACUGUAUUCGCAGCCGAGCUGGCGAGAAGAUACAGGGACCAGGGAAUUGUUUCAAUCGCGGUCAAUCCAGGAAACAUCAACUCGGAUCUUAACCGGAAUGCGAGUGCCGUCCAGAAGGUGCUCUCGAAAUUGUUGUUUUAUCCAACAGAUAAAGGAGCAUUGACACAGUUGUAUGCCGGUGUUGCGCCAGAUGCGAGCAAGAUGAGCGGAAAGUACCUCAUACCAUGGGCACGGCUUGGUGAAGCACGACUAGAUGCACUUGAGCCGAAGACUGGUGAGCGAUUGUGGAAAUGGAUGGAGGAGCAGGUUUCAAGUAUCUGA